CUAACCCGGAAAUGGAGGGGGGGGGGGGGGGGAAACUUUCCCAGGUACGAUCUUCGAGUGUCGCUCCCAAAUCCGACCGAACGAUCUACAAUUGACAUUUCCCUAUAUUUUUUGGGGAGCGAAAAGAAAUUUGCCGGGCCAGGACCGGGACGACUUUUGAAGACAAUCCAAGAGAUUUUUCUAGGGCGGGCCGAGCCGUCAUGGCUGGCUCGUCACCGCCCGACGUGAAAGUUUGUCACAACGAGUUCGGAGCAACUUUCCAGUAACUUUACAGGUCAUGUUGAAAUCUGUGAAACUCCAUUAACGCCGAUGGAGCAGGACACGCAAUGGCUCUACCAGCUCCUGGCAGAAGUGCAACUGGAGAAGUUCUACCUGCGCGUCCGAGACGGCCUCAACAUCACGCGCGUGGAGCACUUCGCGUACGUCAAGGAGGCCGACCUGGAACACGUCGGGAUCAGCAAACCGGCGCAACGAAGAUUGUGGGAUGCGCUAAAACGCCACAAAGCUUCCAGAGGCUGGCGCUCGUGGGUGCCCAAGGGGUUCGGCGGUCGCGGUCCCGACGCCGCCGUCGGGGAGCCCGGCUCGGAAGGCGGAAGGCCGGCCCUUCCCAGCCUGAUCCAGGACAGCGAGCUGAUUCUAGGGGAGAGGCUGGGCUCCGGUUCCUUCGGGGUGGUCAAAAAAGGCGAGUGGCACACCCCCACCGGGCGAGUUGUACGAAAAAACGCCACUGACUUUAGGUUUCGAGUUGAAAUGUCACACCGUGUCCUCCCUCUUGGACAUCACCGUCAAUAUCUGUCGUCGCAGCUACCGGUGGCGGUGAAAUCGCUCCGCAGCAGCAUGUCCCGACAGGCGGAGACCUUGACGGACUUUUUACAGGAAGUGACCAGCAUGCAGUCACUGGACCACCCGCACAUCAUUCGACUGUACGGUGUGGUGCUCACGCAUCCCCUCAAAAUGGUGACCGAGCUGGCCCAGUUCGGCUCGCUGUACGAUACGCUGCGCUCUCGCCAGUUCGAGUACCCGUUGACGCGCUUGUGGCUGUUCGCCGGCCAGAUAGCGGCGGGCAUGGACUACCUGGAGACGCGGCGCUUCAUCCACCGCGACCUGGCCGCCCGCAACGUCCUGCUGGCCUCCAGGGAGACUGUGAAGCUCGCCGACUUCGGUCUCAUGAGAGGCCUGAGCCGGGACGCCGACCACUACGUCAUGUCCGCGCACAGGCGCAUCCCUUUCGCCUGGUCAGACCCCCUCCGCCUCGCCUCCGCCGCCGCGCUCGGCUCAAGCGUUUCCGUUUCCCAGGUGCGCCCCGGAAAGUCUCCGCGUGGGCUCUUUCUCGCAUUCCUCCGACGUGUGGAUGUUCGGCGUCACCCUCUGGGAGAUGUUCACUUAUUGCGAAGAGCCUUGGCUCGGUCUCUCGGGAAGACAGGUAAGCGGGCGUCGGCUCGGCCCUUCCGCAUUCGGCUCGACCGACCGGCGUUGUCGCAGAUCCUGUGGCGCGUGGAGCGUGAAGGCGAACGCUUGGAAAAACCGCCCGACUCCCCCCGGGAGAUGUACGCCAUCAUGCGCAAGUGCUGGGCGUGCAACCCGUCCGAUCGGCCCAACUUCGCGCAGCUGGCGACCAUGGUGACCGAGGCCAAGCCCGCCGAGGUGCGGGCCGCCCGGGAGUUUGCGGAAGCCAGGAAAUUGGCGCUGGCGCCCGGAGACAUCGUCACUCUUGUGGAGCACGGGCUGGAGCUGAGCGAGUGGCGCGGCCAGAACCAGAGGACGCUCAGCGUGGGCUGGUUCCCUCCCGGCGUCGUCGUGCCGCCCGUCCCGGCGCCUUCCGGCGAGCCGGCGCCCGAUCCGGUCUCAGAUUUCAUCUCGGCACCUAUGAGAGGCAGCCUGCACCACGCCGCGCACGGGGACGUCCGCCCGGAUCGCAGCUGGGGAACGCCCGACAACCUGGAAGAGUCGGUCGACAAAACACCGGGGAGGGAGGAUGUUCAGAGCUUCUGCGAGGAACUUACUCCCUCCUCUUAUGUGUGCAGAAGCAGUGGCGGCUUUAGGCAAGCCACGACCAGGGAGAAGGAGCCGUCCAAUCUGCAAAAAAUGUCGGGUUUUUCCCGAAGUCUGGAGUCCGUGCUGAGCGGUCGCCAGUGCCCGGGGCCCCCGUCGGCCUCCCGGGGACGGGCGUACCCGGUGGUGGCCCGUAGCGUGGUGGUGCAGCAAGACCCCCGGCGCUUCAGCGAGGCCAGUCUCCUGCCGCCCCCGCGCCCACCACCGCCUCACCUCAAGCGCUCCAACUGGAAGCCUCAGCGAAGGCCCGCCACGGUUCCGCCGCCCCAACCUCCGGGGGGCGCCAACCUCGUCAAAAUGUCCCAUCUGGCGCGUUCCACGCCUCAGCUGGAUGAACCCGCAGAUGCCAGGGAGCGUCUUCGUGAAAGAGAGAUUCCGCCGCCGCCACCGCUACCGCCCGCACACCUCACCAGAGAUGCGCUCAUCUCGCAGGUGAUGGACGCCGUGCACGGCGUGACCAUCGAGGAGGCUCGCGCCGCACUGCAACGCAACGACUGGAACCCGCCGCGAGCCGAGCAGCAACUCAAGGCGAGUGCCCGAAAACGACGGGAUUUUUGGGGUCAAUUUUCCCAAACGCCAAAGCGUGACGAAGGCCCGCGACGAAGCGUUUUCGACGGCGCGUUCGUGGGAACAAUUUUUCGGAAGCGACCGUCGGUAAAGGUAUCGUUAACGGCCGCGUCUUUACAGUUGGAGCAGCUCUACUCGUUGAGUCUGUGCUCGAAGGAGGACUGCCUCAGGAUACUCGCCCGGUACCAGUGGAACCUGCAGCUCGCCAGCCGAUACCUGAUCCGCUGGUCGCGUGACGAUCGCUCCGCUUCCGCCGAGCGACGCGUGUAAGCCGUCGCUUUUGAAAAGACUCACUUUGAUGACACUUUUAUUUUUUUUUUAUAUCACCGUGAACGGGACACGUGCAUUACAGUAUUGCUCUGUAAAAUAAACUCAUUUCUGAUGAUUUGCAUUGACUAACUGGUGUCCUUGUACAUUGAAGGAGCAAUAUGUAAGAUUUGCACUUUGGUUAUUGAUAAAAAUACUAACUAUAGUGGAAUAGUAACAUAAGGUCAAGUGGCAAUACAAUCAGGCACUUGCCUUGAAAUAUUUCCCAAAUAUGGACUCGAGGAGUGCAAAUAAGGCGACAGCGGCUGUCGGCAAUCACGGGGAGAAUAUUCCUUCGCUGUCUUACGAGAAGACGGUGCUGCGCUGGUUGGCCUCGCCCACCUUCUCAAAGAACAUGAAAUCCUGGAAAAGGAAGAAAUGCUCAGCUAGGGAUUGGGAAAUCGAGGAGAAGGAGAAUAACGUACGAUGAGGAAGCAGGCACCCAAGAGGACGGCUUUCAUCUUGACAUCCAUGUCCAGAGGGAACUGGAUGCCAAAGUUGUCUGUGUCGGUGAACACUUCCUUCAGGAGGCCGCUCCACUGCUUGCAAAUGCGACCGAUGGGCUGACCCCCGUCUUUGCCCGUCAGCUGCUCGCCCCGAAACGACACGUGAGGGGAAGAAAAAAAAAAAAAGACUACAUUUUUGGAACCCUACGCGGUAGUUUGAAACGAGCUGCCAUCCGGAGACUUCAAAGUUUUUUUUUCACCUCAAAAGUGACA